AUUUGUUAAGAUGUUGAAAUUUAUGCCUAUUAUUAUGGCAGCACGCCCACCUUGCAAUGCGUUCGUUACUCGUUGCUGCUGAGGUUGAUAGUUAGUCAAAUAUGGCGGCUCCCACCGGCGGAUCAGGUGUAGUGGUUCCUCGUAAUUUCCGUCUCCUGGAAGAACUUGAACAAGGACAGAAAGGGGUUGGUGAUGGUACUAUAAGUUGGGGUUUAGAAGAUGACAGUGAUAUGACUUUAACACAGUGGACAGGCAUGAUUAUUGGGCCACCAAGAACACCAUAUGAAAACAGGAUUUACAGUUUGAAAGUAGAAUGUGGACUUCAAUAUCCUGAUGAACCUCCAAAUGUUAGGUUUAUAUCAAAGAUAAAGAUGACAGGUGUUAGUGAAAGCUCUGGAAUUGUGGAUAAAAGAACUCUUCCUGUAUUAAGUCGUUGGCAGAGAAAUUAUUCAAUUAAAACAGUCCUACAAGAGCUACGCAGAGCGAUGACUUUAAAGGAAAAUCAAAGGCUAAGUCAACCACCUGAAGGAUCUGCCUUCUAGCAUCAGUGCACAUAUUAUGGGUUCUAACGACUAUUAUGUUUGUUGCCAAGCAUCCAUUUGCUUGGUAUUUUUUUGCCCAAGUGGACUGGAAAGUAAAAGAUUCAACAGUCUUUUUGUAUAUUAAAUGCUUUACACUACCUUGUUGGUCUCCCUCCACUUCUACAUGUGGACGCUGCAGAUUGUCUUAAUUGUGAAAAGCAAGGUAUUAGUAAAUGCAGUAAAUCGGCUCUAAACUAUUUACGUAAAUAAUAUGUAUUAAAGUUUACACAUGCAUUAGCACGCGAAUUGCGAAUGAUACUUAAAUAUUGUGCCUUUUGUUCUUGCAUAUAUUGUAGAUAAAAUGGGGCACAUUGGCAGUGAUUGUAGCUGUUGUUGAUUUUGAUUUUUUCGCAGAAUCAUAUGCCUUAAUAAUGGCAUUUCUGAAAGGAUACGCUACUGAUCAGAAAAUUCUUUAUCAGUAUGUGGAUAACUUCAUGUGCUUGCAUGUAAUUCUGUCUACACUAAAUGCUUAAAAUCAGUGAAAUAACACUAUUUUGAACCAUUUUACUGAAUUAUAUUUCUGGCAAGCAAAAAUACCUUUUAUGAUACACCAUCGUUUUAUUUUAAGAUACAUUAGAAAUUUCAAAUGAUAUACAUUUAGUCUUUAAGAUUUUCUUCUGUGUUUGAUAAAUGUCAAUAGUUCUGUGUAUUAGUAUUUUAUGAUUAUGUAAAAGAGAAGACCUAGGUUCUUAAAUAAAAAAAAAGUUCAUUUUAUUAUUUUCCUUUAACACAUUCUUUGUUUCAAUGCCUUGCAUAGUUUUUAAUCAAUUUUUGUUAAUUGUUUGUGUUAUUUAUUAUGAAUUUUAUAUUCUAGUUUAAAAGUAAAAUUAAGCUAAUCAUUUUGUUUUGUUUCCUGGUUUUAGCCUGAUAUUAUUAUCAUUUCAAUUGCAAAUAGAAUUUUAUGAACACCUUUUACCCUGUUUAUUAUGAUAAUUCUGUUUCAAUUUUUUUCCCCUUACAGAAUUUUAAAAAAAAAAAAAAAAAAAAAAAAUCAGUAGCUUUUCCUUAAGAGGAGGGAUCUGUGAAACAAUGUGGUAUAUAUUGCCCUGGAAUAAAUGUAUAGUGAUUUUUAAUUAAUUUGAUCAAUGAUAGAUUUUACACUUGGAACCUAAUUUUUAUACACAGUUAAUAAAGUAUUGCUUUUAUGUUGGGGGAUUAUUAUUAUUAAAGUAUUAUUCUAAAUUUUGAUAAGAAUUGUACAAGGUUUAAUCCAGGAAUUAGAAAAUUAAAAGAGCUACUUCAAUUGACGUAUCUUUGUGCAUGAAUUUAGAUAGUCUUGCAUCACUGUCUUAGUAUGUGCAAAGUACCGUUAUAACAGUUCUGCUUUUAAAAACUCAGUGCUGUAAUUUAAUCUUGGGCUUAAGAUAUCAUGAAACAUAAAGUAAGGUUUGGAGUUUGCAAGAAAUAAUUAAGAAUAUGAUCAUUCUUUUUGGUAUGUUUCAGUGAAGCAUAUACACUUUGCUUCAUAAGUCUGGUACAAUUUUUUAAAAAAACCUCAAUACCUAGGAUAUAUUGGUGUUACAUGCAAGCAAAGAAAAGGCAUGAUGCAAUAACAGAUUAAUACAAUUUUUAUGUACACAUUCACAUCAUGCUGUUGUAUUCCGAAUAUGGCAAUUAAAAUAUUGAUUAUAGUUU